AUGUUUCUGCACGAAUUUGUGAUGAAUUUCUGUGUUUGGACGCUGCUCUUCGCCGUUUUUCUCUUCGGCAGCUCAUCGGCUCUGAAGUUACAGCAAGGACAAAUUUGCAUCGCAAACAGUAACUGUAACUCGGGGCUGCACUGUGAGACGUGCAUUGCGAACGGCAAUGUCAGGCCGCGGUGUACUCGGAUUCAGCCUAUCAGUCCUCUUUCCAAGGUGAACGGAUUGCCGUUCAAUCGGUACUCAUGGUUAACCACACACAAUGCAUUUGCUCGAUUGGGAGCGAAAUCGGCAACUGGAGGCAUCAUUUUAACUCCAGAGAAUCAGCAGGACUCUAUUACUGAUCAACUCCACAAUGGGGUCAGAGGGUUGAUGCUCGAUAUGUAUGACUUCCAAAAUGAUAUCUGGCUGUGCCACUCAUUUGGGGGAAUUUGCUACAACUACACAGCUUUUCAACCGGCCAUAAAUGUUCUGAAGGAGGUACAACAGUUUCUCGAGUCAUAUCCUACUGAAAUAGUCACCAUAAUCAUCGAGGACUAUGUUGCCUCUCCCAACGGCCUUACCAAGGUUUUCAAUGCUUCUGGGCUGAGGAAAUUCUGGUUCCCAGUAUCUCGAAUGCCGAAAAAUGGUGGAGAAUGGCCGACAGUCGACGAUAUGGUCAGGCAGAACCAACGUCUAGUAGUCUUCACUUUGAAAGCUGCUAAAGAGUCCUCAGAAGGCAUUGCCUAUGAAUGGAAAUACUUAGUAGAAAAUCAGUAUGGAAAUGGUGGAAUGGUAGAAGGAUCUUGUCCGAACCGUGCAGAAUCACAUGCCAUGAAUGAAAAAUCAAAGUCUCUUGUUCUGAUGAACUAUUUUCCAGAUGCUCCGGAUAUGGCAACAGCCUGCAAACACAAUUCAGCCCCUCUGAUUAGCAUGAUGAACACAUGCUACCAAGCAGCUGGGCAAAGGUGGCCCAAUUUUAUCGCGGUUGAUUAUUACAAGAGAAGUGAUGGGGGUGGAGCACCCGAAGCAGUAGAUAUGGCAAAUGGUCAACUUGUGUGCGGCUGCAAAACUAUAUCCUCUUGCCAGGAAAAUGCAACCUUUGGAGCAUGUGAAAUACGUCAGACAGGUGAUAAUCCAAAAGGGCCAGUCGCAAAACUUCCGAAGUCCGGAACAUCUGACAGCAGAUUCUUUCAAUUGCGAUUGAUGCUCGGUUUACUGUUUACAUCAAUACUGGCCUUGUGAAUUCCUAUUAUCCAGGUUCUGAAACUGUUCGUCUAGUUUCUCUCUGUUUUUUCUUCUUUCUUUUUGUUUGUUUGUUUUCGUUAAGGAUCACGAAAAGAUCGGUGUAAUAUGGCAAUAUGGCAUCUGUCUGAGUUGGGGCUGGUGAACUUAAUUGAAUUAGAACUGUCUUUCUAUGAAAUGUUAAUACUAAGUUUUAGAGGUUAAAAGGCUCACUGAAGAAGUUGUUUCCUCUGCAACACAAUUUCUGAAUGGUGAAAUUUUCUUUGCAUUUGAGGAGAAAAAAAUGGUGAAAAUGAUUGAAAUUGCUUCAUCUUCGGAGAGGGUUAAACAAACAGUCAGUUGGGUCGACUCGUUAUGCACUUUUUACGUAAAUACAUACUUAUUAUGUGAAAUAUCAUAUUUUUAUUUGUUUUUUUUAGAGCAUGAUAUCAUUUAAAAAUAUGCAUAUUUGCUAAAAAGUUAUGACUAUCUCAUCUCUAUACUUCACUAACAACAUCCUUAAUAAAAAUAAUCAGGAUAUUAUUAUUAUGCAUAUCUUCACUAUUUUAGGGCUUUCCUCCGUUGUGCUCUAGCUUACAAAACGAAAAUUUGGGCCUCAUUGGUUGGGUGUAAGUUAUCUGAUAAUAUAAAGCCUGCUGUGUUAAUUCUGGAACCAAAAUGUAUAGUAGCCUAACAAGUCCUUAUUUGAUUCCGCAAGAGCCCAAUAUAUAAGUGGGCCUUCAUGCCUCUACCCGAUAACAGAAGUGAAAAUUCGGGUAUUUUACAUUUUUAUUACACUUCAUAAAUCAGUUAUAAAACAUAUAUAUACCAUUCAUAAAUCAAUUAUAAAAGAAAAUAAUGCAAUUUCAAAAGUAAUGGUAAAAAUAAACCAAAC